UACUUCCGGUGCAGGGAAGCACUUGGUGGUGCACCCGUUUCGGCUUCCAACCCCGCUUCCGCCACUGCCUCCAUCAUGGUAGGCCCAGGUCCGUCCGCCUCACCCGCCGGCGCCGCGCUCGAAAACGCCAACCCGCUCAUCUACCGGCGCCAGGGCGAGCGGCCUGUCACGGCGCGCGAGGAGGACGAUGAGCUGCCCGACGCCAUCGACGACCGUGAGAUCUUCGAUCUCAUUCGUUCCAUCAAUGACCCAGAACACCCCUUAACAUUAGAAGAGCUGAAUGUUGUGGAACAAGUUCGAGUCAAGGUAAAUGAUCCUGAGAGCACUGUUUCAGUGGAAUUUACUCCCACAAUUCCUCACUGCAGCAUGGCAACCCUAAUUGGCCUGUCAAUCAAAGUGAAGCUGAUCAGAUCCCUCCCUGAAAGGUUUAAGGUAGAUGUCCACAUAACACCUGGAACACAUGCAUCAGAGCAUGCAGUAAACAAGCAACUAUCUGACAAAGAGCGAGUGGCAGCUGCCUUGGAAAACGCCCAUUUACUGGAAGUGGUGAACCAGUGCUUGUCUGGGCGAGCCUGAUGACGUGUGUCCAGGUGGGGGCACAGGUUGAAGUGUAACUCCCUUUCUGUUGAAGAUGCUGUUAAAGGCUUGUACCUGUGCCUUACAUAAAAUAAUUGUGAUUGUUUUGCUUUUUAAAUAAAGGCAAUGCCCCUUUGACUUUGUAA